AUGGACUACGACGCAUUUACAGCAGCUCACAAACCUCAGCUCCAGUCGUCCGGCGUGCCGGAACUGUUUUGGCCCGAGUUGUACCGCAAGCUGUCCGGGCAGGUGUUUGAUGCGGGCCUUGCCUUCUCGCUGCUCGCCGUCGACUACGGCGAAGAACCACGAUCCGCGGAGGAUCCCGUCUGGACCCUGCAAGUGUCCAAAGAGGGUGGCUUGAAGGUGGACGACCCGACGGCAAUCUACCUGAUCGACCAUGCGUGGACGUUUCGAACGGACAAUGCCCGCCAGCUGCUGAACUCGCACCCGGACCUGGUCAGCCGGCUGGCGGUGAUGAUGGGUCUGCAGCAAGACGACGAAGUACCCCCGAGCACGUACGUGCCCCGAAUCCUGCAGGACAUGUGGCGAUGGUGCAACAUGUACUCGGUGAACGCGGACGGCCUGUCAGUCGAGAAUCGGAUGCCAAUCUGGUACGUGAUGGACGAGGUGGGAAGUGCGAUUCUGCACGGCGAAUCACCGAAUUGUCGCGUCGUACCAUUCAUGCACAUCCCCGAGGGCAUCACGUACAGCUUGCUCUUCCCCACGGAGGACAUCGACGAGGGAGACAACUUGUACCGUGAUUUCGUCGAGGGCGUACCAUGCGGCUCGAAGGAACGUGACGCGCUGCUAUUACCCUGGCAGUACGCUUGCCUCGUGCAGGAAGACUUUUCGCAGACGGAACCACCGAAGGAGUACUUCCUGGCGGGUCACAUCGAAGAAUCACUGCCCGAUCCGGACGUGUCACCGCCACUGAUCGACUGCAACCGGCCACUGAAGGUGUACUCGCAGUACGGGCUAGUCAAUCAGUACCUCACCGAUCCGGCGUACGAACUGGUAACCGAUCCGGCCGAUGCCGAUAUCCUGUGGAUGGCCAGCCACUUCAAGGAGUUCCGGGAGCUGAGCGAAACCAACCCGAACCAGUUCGUGAACCAGUUUCCAUUCGAGAACGUCAUGACGAUCAAGGACCUGCUGAGUAUCGUUUGCCGGAGGAUGGCGCGCAAGGACACCACCACCCCGUCCGAUGCGGACGAGGUCUCGCUGGCGUCCAACCCUCGCUGGCUGCCGGUGACGUACAACCUGAAGACGGAACUGGUGCAGUUCGUGAGCUACUACCAGAACCGUGCCCAGCGUGGCCUCGACAACCACUGGAUCGUGAAGCCGUGGAACUUGGCCCGCACGCUCGACACGCACAUCACGGACAGUCUGCCGCAGAUCAUGCGCCUGCAGCAAACCGGUCCCAAGAUCGCCCAAAAGUACAUCGAACAUCCGGUGCUGUUCGAGCGUGCCGAGCUCGAGGCAAGCGUCAAGUUCGACGUCCGGUACGUGCUGCUGGUGAAGAGCGUCGACGAGCUGUGUGCGUACGUGUACACCAACUUUUUCCUGCGCUUUGCCAACAAACCCUUCCAGCUGGACGAUUUCGACGAUUACGAGAAGCACUUCACCGUCAUGAACUAUGGCGAGUACCGGUUGCGGCACAUGAAGUGUGACGAGUUCGUGCGGAGCUGGCAGGUGCAGUACCCGGGCCACCCGUGGGACCAGAUCGAGACGGACAUUUGCGAGAUGCUGAAGGAGAUGUUGCAGGGUGCGACUAAGGUUGGACCACCGUGCGGAAUCGGUGCCAGUGCUCAGUCUCGCGGUCUGUACGCCGUCGAUUUGAUGCUCGAGUGGACGGAUGCCGGUCGGAUGCGGGUCGAACCGAAGCUGCUCGAGGUUAACUUCAUGCCCGAUUGCCAGCGGGCGUGCGAGUACUAUCCGGAGUUUUACAACGACGUGUUCAAUCUGCUGUUUCUCGAGCAGGAAAAUUUGGACGUGUUCCGGCGGAUCGUGUAG